GGGUCACCAAUCCACGUAAAAAGCCGAAGAUGUCAGCUUGGUCAUGUGAUCAGCUGUGUACAAUCACAGCUGAUCACAUGGGACAACUACACUGAUCAUCAGGGCACUGAUGAUCUGUGUAGCCCCAGCGGCGCCACCUGUCAGUGUCCAUCAGUGCUCAUCCAUGCCGCCUGCCAGUGCCCAUCAUGCCACAUCAUUGCCACAUAUCAGUGCCCAUCUGAGCUGCCUUUCAGUGUCACCCAUCAGUGCCAGUCAGUGCUGCCUAUCAGUGUGUAUCAGUGCCGCCUAUAAGUGCCAGUCAGCGCUGCCUAUCAGUGCCAUAUAUGAGUGCUGCCUUUCAGUGCCCAUCAGUGAUGCCUGUCAAUGCCCAUCAGUG